GAGCGCCCUAAUGGUUUUUGAAGAGACAAUAUGGGUUCCAUGUGCAAAUGUUUUCGAGCGAUAGCUUGCCAAACUGUCUUUGCUCUUUCUGUUCUGACAUUAGUACUGUCUCCAGUGAGAUCAGCCGUAUCAAGUGACACUCAGUGGUACGAAGAUCUGUGCAGGUACAAAUGGGAAGCUAUUGACCAGGACAGCCAAGUUAGAUACACACUGAAGAUAUGUCAGUCUUCACCAGACACACCAUGUGGGGCAAACAGCGCUAUUUGUGCCCACAACUCCACUACUCAGAAAUACCAGUCUGUCGGUGACCUGAGUUCGCAGAAGCUCUCUCCUGGCGUACUUGAUUUCAGCACCAGCCGGAAGUGUCCGGGCAGCGACAGUAGCAUGCAGAGCAGCAUCAGUUUCCUGUGUGGGAAGACAAUGGGAACGCCAGAAUUUGUCACUGUGUCAGAGUGUGUGCAUUACUUUGAGUGGAGGACCUACGCAGCCUGCAAAAGGGAUACAUUUAAGCCCCAUAAAGAGGUUCCCUGCUACGUCUUUGACACAGACGGGAAAAAACACGACCUCAACCCACUCAUCAAACUCUCAGAUGGCUACUUGGUCGAUGACUCAGAUGGCGAAGUUGACUUUUACAUAAACAUAUGCCGAAGCCUGAACCGGCCAGAGAGCGCGUGUCCAGAGGGCUCCGCUGCCUGUGUGACGAACAGCAAGGGCUCCUUCAGCAUGGGCGAGCCCUCCAGUCAGCUGGAACUGCUCUCCUCUGACAGACUGAGGCUGAGAUAUGAGGGGUCCACAGUCAACCCACCAAAGUUCUGUGAGGGUCACACCCCUGCAGUCACCAUCACCUUCAUCUGUCCUUCACGCCGACAGGAGGGCAGCGAUCCCAAAAUGACAGCCAAUAGCAACUGUCGUUAUGAGGUGGAGUGGGUGACGGAGUACGCGUGUCACAGGGACUAUCUGGAGAGCCACAACUGCAAACUGACCAGUAAACAGCACGAUAUCUCCAUCGACCUCACACACCUGACCCUCGCAAGUACAGACGACCCGCACAUGGCCGAGGCUAAGAGUGGAGCGGACAGUUACAUGUUUUAUCUGAACGUUUGCGGAAAGACCACCGCAGGUGAAUGCGCAGGCGAAUACGUGUCCUCCUGCCAGGUCAAAGUCAAUGGCGAUGUCAAGAAGAUUGCUGGAAGGUUCCAGAAUCAAACGCUAAGGUACUCUGAUGGGGAUCUCACACUCAUCUACCCCGGAGGAGACAAAUGCAGCUCAGGCUUCCAGCGAAUGACCAUCAUCAACUUUGAGUGCAACCAGACGGCCGGAAAUGGCCAUCCUGUGUUUGCUGGGGAGUCAGACUGCACCUACUACUUUGACUGGCAGACGUCCUAUGCCUGUGUGAAGGAGAAGGAGGACCUCCUGUGUCAGGUCAAGGAUGGAAAGAAGCAUUAUGACCUUUCACCCCUAACGCGCUACCCAGAAUCUGAAACCGAAACGUCGGGGCGAAACUGGGAAGCUGUCGAUAUCAAAACGGCAGAGUCGGACAGCAAACGUUUCUACAUCAACGUCUGUCACAAAAUCGUCCGGCAGGAAGCGACGGGCUCCUGCCCCGAGGACGCCGCCAUCUGCGCCGUGGGGAAAGACAAAUCCAUCAGCCUGGGGAAAUUUCUCUCUUCGCCCAAAAAAGAGAAGAGCGGCGAGGAUAUUCGUCUGAUCUACGCCGACGGAGACGAAUGCAGGAAAAACGUGAAAAUCCAGACCAUCAUCACGAUGAAGUGCAAGCCUGGCGACCUUGAGAGUGCUCCUCUAAUGAGGAGCGUGUCCCGUGACGGUUGUUUUUACGAGUUUGAAUGGCACACCGCGGCUGCCUGCAUCCUCUCCAAAACCUACGGUGACAACUGUAAGGUGGAGGACCCUCAGUUAGGGUUCUCCUUUGACCUGACCCCUCUGAGCAAGGCUGACGGAGGCUCCUACAACCUGUCCAGCGACGACUACACGUACUUCAUCAACGUCUGUGGGAACGUGAAGGCUGCCAAAUGCCCAGAAAACGCGGGUGCAUGUCAGACGGAUAAGAGUGGUGCUCACUCUUGGAGCCUGGGUGAAUCCAACUCCAAGCUCUCCUACUUCAACGGGAUGAUUCAGCUGACCUAUAUGAACGGCUCCGAGUACCACGAUGCGCUGCACACGCAACGCUCCUCCCACAUUUCCUUCCUGUGUGACCGCGAGGCUGGGCUAGGCAAGCCGGAAUUUCAGGUCGAAGACGAACACACCUACAACUUCAGGUGGUACACAUCCUACGCCUGUCCAGAGAGGCCUCAGGAGUGUGUCGUGACUGACCCCGUGACCUUACAGCAAUACGACCUGUCAAGUUUGUCCAGAUCGAGGGGUGGCAGGAACUGGCAGGCGAUGUACCACUCGGACCUCAACAGCCGGAGGAAGUACUACAUCAACGUGUGCAGGCCCCUCCUCCCGGUCUCUGGCUGCGCCCGCCAGGCCUCUGUCUGCGAGAUGAAGUACGAGAUGGAGAAGGGCGUGCCCUCCGAGAGGGUGUCGGUCAGUAACAUGGGCGUGGCUAAGAAAGGCCCCGUCGUCGUGGAGGAGAACCAGCUCCUGCUGGAGUACACGGACGGCUCCGCCUGCGAGGCUGACGGAGUCAUGACAACCUACACCACUCGCAUCCACCUGGUCUGUGCCAAAGGGGCCCGGUCGUCCGUUCCGCGUUUUAUGGUCAACCAGAACUGCACCGUCAACUUCCUGUGGGACACGGAGGCGGCUUGCGCCAUCUCUACCGCCGUCAGCAACAACCAGACCUGCGCUGUCAAGGAUCCCAACACUGGUUUUGAGUUCAACCUGCAGCCUUUGGCCACGAAAACCGGCUACAGAGCCGACGGGAACGGGAAAGUCUUUUUGGUGAACAUCUGCGACCCGGCGGAAGAAUGUGGUUUAGACGACGGGAAGCCUGUCGCCGGGUGUGAACUGGACGGCGAUCAUCGCCACAGCCUAGUCGGCGUGGAAAAGUCGCUGCAGUUCUCCACGAACGGCCUCCUCACGCUCACGUACAAAGGCGACCUGGACAAACCCACAGGCACCAAAGACACCUUCAUCAUCAGCUUUGUGUGUGACCAGAAUGCCAACACGGGCUCCCUCAAACUCAUCCGUGAGGAAAUGACCACCUCCUCCAACUCCACCCACGAUGCCUUCUUUGAGUUCUCCACCUCCCUGGCCUGCCUGCCCGCCCCCGUCGACUGUCAGGUCACCGAUUCCCAUGGUAACGAGUACGACCUGAGUGACCUGAGUUUGGACGUCGGCUCUUACGUGCCCGUCGACACCUCUGACCAAGCCAAAACGCAGAAGUUCUUUAUUAACGUUUGCAAACCCAUCCCGUACACCCAGGGAUGCCCGAUGGGAGCUCUGGGAUCGUGCGGCCUGUUCAAUGGGAGAGGAGUGAACCUCGGUUUCGUUCAGUCAAGUCCACAGGUGGCUGCAGACGGCUCCAUCAGCAUCGUCUACGUCAACGGAGACAUGUGCGCCUCUGGAGGGCGCUAUUCCACACGCAUUAUCUUUGAGUGUGACGACACCACCGGUUCUCCCGUGUUCGAUCGGAAAGACAGAUGCGAGUACGUGUUUAUCUGGAGAACGUCGGAGGCUUGUCCCGUCAGGAGGGAAGAAGGCAAGGACUGUAAGGUGAAAGACCCGAAGACUGGCUACGUCUUCGACAUGAAAACCCUGUCCGGCAAAGACUACGCCAUCACCAACGGGAAGUACGAAUACCAUUUCGCCGUGUGCGAGGCGAUUAACACCACCGUCUGUCCGCACAAGGGUGACGAACCCGUGGCCUCCUGUCAAAUGGAAGGCGGAAAACACAAGAUCUCAGGGAUGGUGACCCAGAACCUGAUAUAUGAGGACGGAGUUAUCAUGAUUAACUACACGCAUGGGGAGACGUGUCAUAAGGUCUACGAGCGAUCCACGGCUAUUCUGUUCUCCUGUGAUCAGAGCAGGAACCCAGGAAAGCCCGAGUUCAUCAAGGAAACAGCAGACUGCACCUACUUGUUUGAGUGGCACACUUCUCUGGCCUGUACACCGUUCAAAACAACCAGCUGCUCUUACAAUGAUGGGAACGGAAACUCGUAUGACCUGUCCUCCUUGGCCUUGCAUAACAGUAACUGGGUGGUGCAGCCUGAGGGCCAGUCCAGCCGCUACUACAUUAACGUAUGCAGGUCACUGGUGCCUCUCGCUGGUCGUUGGGACUGUCCGUCCGGUGCUGCUGCUUGUCUGAAGAGAGGGGACCAGUAUUUCAGUCUGGGGGAGGUUGAAUUCGGGCCCCGGUGGGACAAAAACAUCCUCGUUCUGAAAUACACGGACGGCUCCACCUGUCCCCGCAGUCACAGAAACAGGACGACCAUAAUACGGUUCAAAUGCGACCGUGACAAAGUGGACUCUUCGCCCACUCUCAUCACGGCGAUCGAAGACUGCGUUUACACGUUCGUCUGGUUCACGGCAGCCGCCUGUCCACUCAACAGCACCGAGCACGGUAACUGCCAGGUGACCAACCCGCUCACCGGUCACCUGUUUGACCUGAACUCCCUGAACCAAGAGCACGGAUACACGGUGUACGACAUCGAGAACCAGAGGAAGAUGUUCCGACUCAACGUGUGUGGAGAGAUGAGUAACGUGGGCUGCACUGAGGGAGCAGGAGUGUGCAUUAUACACAGCAAGACUGCGGUGAGCGCCGGCAGGUUCAAUAAGAAACUGUCCUUUAAGGAUCAGGUUGUGGAGCUCACCUACGACGGGGGGGACAAGUGUGACGCCAACCCCUCCCUCAACCACAAGAGCGUCAUCAGCUUUGUGUGCAAGUCGGAGGGAGGGGGCACCAGCGCCCCCGUUCUCGUGGACACGGACGAAGACGAGUGCACCCACUAUUUCUCUUGGCAUACACCCCUGGUUUGCGAAGAACAGACCAAAUGCUCCGUCUGGAACGGCACCAGACUGAUCGACCUGAAGCCUCUGGUUCACCUGACCGGGUACUACCAGUCCACGGACGACGACCUGGACGAAGACAAGUCCUCGGACAAGUCGCCCGACUUCUACAUCAACAUUUGCCAGCCCCUCAACCCCAUCCCGGGGGUCAACUGUCCACCAGGGGCCGCCAUCUGUAUGGACCCCGACGACGGGCCCCCCAUCGACAUUGGACGCUUCAGCUCAGCUCCCACAUACAAAAACGUCACGGGCGAGGUGGAAAUGUUCUUCGAAAGCAGGACGCCCUGUGCUUCCAACCCCUCCGUCAACUACACCUCCAAAAUCAUUUUCAGCUGCAUGAAAAACACUGACCUGGGUUCUCCUCAGAUGAUUCGGAAGCAGGGCUGUCUGUACAUAUUCGAGUGGGCCACCCCGGUGGUGUGUCCCGAAUCCAUUACCACCGGAGCCUGUUCUCUCAACGUCUCCCAGCUGCAGUACAGUUUUGACCUCUCCCCUCUCAAAGGGGUCGUCCAGGUGCCGUCUGGAUCUGGUAGUUAUCGGAUCAGUGUGUGCGGGACAGUGACGGAGAAGUCAUGUAAGAACAGCGCCAUCUGCUGGCUCUCAGGAAGCUCGGCGUCUUCAUUUGGCACCAGCAGCGCCAUGACGAUGGAGUACCAGCAGGAACAGCAGGCGGUCAUCGUGCAUUACGGAGGCGGAGACGUGUGUCCCGCAGUGACCGAGUCGGGAGAUGUCUGCGUCUUUCCCUUCACAUUCCUGGGCAAGUCUUACACAGACUGCACGACCGAGGGCCGCACGGACGGCAAACUCUGGUGUUCCACCACCGAUAGCUACGACAGAGACCAGAAAUGGGGCUUCUGCUAUCACGUGUCGGAGAAGAAACAGUCGUCCAUCAUCUUCUCCUGCGACCAGAAGGCGGGACAGGGAAGCCCCCAGCUGCUGAGCGAAACGCAGGGCUGCUCCGCCACCUUCCAGUGGCGCACCAACGUCGUGUGCCCUCCCAAAAAGAUGGAGUGCAAGCUGGUGAAGCAGCAUCAGACCUACGACCUGCGGAUCCUGUCCUCUCUCACUGAGCCCUGGAAGUUCAGCCACGGCAGCGACGCGUAUUUCAUUAACCUGUGUCAGGGUGUUCAUGGCGGACUGACGGACUGCCCAGACGAUGCCAGCGUGUGUCGCAAGAGCGGCGCAAAGACUCAGGUGCUUGGCCGCCUCUACACACAGAAAAUGGCUUUUGCUGAUGGUAAGAUACUGGUGAACUACAGUUUGGGAGAUCCAGUGUGUGGGAACAACAUUUCAGCCAAAACUGUGAUACAGCUCACCUGCGGCAGCACAAUGGGUCAUCCCAAAUUCCUGCGAGUCGACCAGAACACGUGCGAGUUUUGGGUGGAGUGGGAGACUCGUGCCGCGUGUGCUGUGGUGCAGCAUGAGGUGGAGAUGAUUAAUGGCACCAUCAGACUCCCUGACACUGGAGCCACCUUCAGCCUGGGCUCUCUAUACAACAGCUUGUACCGGGCGACGGGAGACAUCCGCUCCAACGGAGACCGCUACGUCUACGACAUCCAGCUGUCCGGCAUCACCAACAGUUCCUUCACCAAAUGCCUGGGUGCCAACAUCUGCCAGGUCAAAACAAACGACAGAAACUUCAGGAGGAUCGGCUCCUCCAACAAGGCCAAAUACUACAUGAAAGGAGGGAACCUGGACGUGCUGGUCCCGUCUGAGUCUGUCUGUGGCCGUGAUGAAUCCAAGAAGGUUUCCUCUGCCAUCCUGUUCCACUGCAGCCCCACGGCCGGGGAAGGUAUCCCAGAGUUCCUGCUGGAGACAGACGGCUGUCAGUACCUGUUUGUCUGGCACACUGCCACUGUCUGCGAGAUUUUCUCCACGGAUCGCCAGAUUGACGAUGGAGGGGAGGAGCAUAGCGGGCUGUCUAGGCGGAGCCAAGCCUUGGGGGCGGUCCUUAGUCUGCUUCUGGUUGUGCUGACUGCCUGUCUGCUCAUUUUACUGCUUUACAAGCGUGAGAGGAGGGAGCUGGUUGUGCAGAAAGUGACUGGCUGUUGUAAGAGAGGAAAUCCGGUGUCCUAUAAGUACUCAAAGGUGAGCACAGAAGAGGACGGAGGAGAGGAGGAGAUGGAGUGGCUGAUGGAGGAGCUGGAGGCCCCGGCGCGGCAGCCGCAGGAGAACGGCCACAUCACCACCAAACCCGUGAGCGCCGAGGCCCUGCGCUCCUUCUCCCUGGACGAGCAAGACAGCGAGGACGAGGUUCUGACGGUACCGGGGGUCCGGAUCCACACGGGCCGAGCCCCCGUCACCUCCUCCUCCUCCUCCUCCUCGCGCCUGCGUCCAUCCCUACUGCAGGACGAGAGCGACGAGGACCUGGUCGGCCUCCUGGAUGAUUCCGGAAGCAAGAGCAGGUCCAAAAAGCCUCAGAGGAAAGCACCGGAAACGGAUCCGGACGACAGCGACGAGGAUCUGCUCAAAGUCUGAGUCCGUGUGACACUCCUGCCGAACUUUUGAAUGUCUCUAUGACCGUGGUCUACUCAAAAAAAAACAAAAAACCACAAAAAGAUAUCUUUUUAUCGUUAGUUUGUCUUUUUCUUGUUUGUUUGUUUGUUUGUUUUCUAAAGGGAAAUCUAUUUAUCUGUUGGCUGCAUAUUGUACAAAGCAGAAGAGAUGAUGGGCUUCAUUCAUCCUCUUAGUGGCGAGUCAAUGCCUUCCAGAUUACAAAGCCGUUUCUUGCUCUCUUUGUUUUGCUUUUUUUUCAUCGUUUUAUUUGAAUUGGUUUGAUUCACGUACAGCUGUGACAUGUUUGUGGAGUUAUAGCCAUUAUAAUAUGUUGA